GGGAAGUAAGAAAAGGUAUAGAAUGUUGCAUUGCUUGGAAGAUUGAUUUGGGAUCUUUUNAACUCUGCUAAUCGGUUAUGGGUUUCCUUCAUCAAUUCAAUAUACUUUGCGGAUGACAACAUAUUCUUGAGCUGCAAGAAGAAGAGAUUCCAUCAUCCAGCUGUUGACAACUUAUUCUUUUUUUUUUUCACAAUACGAAUAGCAUUUUGUUUUUCAAUCUACUCAGAUAACUUCAAAAUAAAAUGUACUUUGCUUCUAUAAUUACUAUGCUCGUUAUAUUCCAAACACCCAGCAUAAGUUAGUUAAAGUACAUAUCAAAUUCUUUCACACCAAAUUAUUAUUCACUCGUUGCCUCUCUUCUCCAUUUCACCAACCUUUCCUUCAAUCUAGCGCUCGUUCCUCCUAAUGGCCGAAGCAUUGUUGGGAUUUGUGCUUCAAAAUUUGGGAUCUUUUGUUCAAUACCAACUUACAUCUUGUUGGGGUGUUGAUCAACAGACUCAUAAACUGUCCAGCAACCUCACCGCAAUCCGUGCUGUCCUCAGAGAUGCUGAGAGAAAGCAAAUGACAAAUCAUGCUGUGAAGGAUUGGCUGCAGAAACUCACAGAUGCAGCAUAUGUAUUGGAUGAUAUCUUGGAUGAAUGUUCAAUUCACUUUGCAAAGAUGCACUCUGAUGAUGGACAUACUUCAUGCUUAUCUCGUCUCCAUCCUAAUGACAUUCUCUUUCGUUUCAAUAUUUGCAAGAGGAUGAAAGACAUCACCCAAAGAUUUCAUGACAUUCAUGAAGAAAAGAGCACGUUUAAUUUAGAACCUGGUCUCACAGAAGUGGUGCAAAGAGUGGAUGAUGAUUGGCGCCAAACUAGCUCUGACAUUACAGAACCUGUAGUUUAUGGCAGAGACCACGAUCGAGAUCAAAUUGUGAAGUUUCUUCUUGAAGACGCUAAUAACCGUGAAGAGCUCUCUAUCUUUCCUAUAGUUGGUAUGGGUGGACUUGGAAAAACAACAUUAGCCAAGCAGGUUUUCAAUGAUCACAGGGUAUGCAAACAUUUUGACUUGACAAUUUGGGUUUGUGUUUCUGAUGAUUUCAACACCAUGACAAUACUACAAUCCAUCUUAGAAUGCAUCACCAGACAAAAUCCCAAUCUCAAUAGCUUAGAAGCAAUGCGGAAAAAGGUUGAAGAAGUGUUGCAUGGGAAGAGGUAUUUACUUGUUCUUGAUGAUGUGUGGAAUGAAGACCGAGAAAAAUGGGAGCAGUUGAAGGGAAAGUUGCAGUGUGAAAGAGCAGCAAAAGGAGCUACCAUUUUGGUCACUACUCGACUCGAGGAAGUUGCUUUCAUCAUGCAGACGCAUCCUGCUUACCAUUUGAAAGAAUUGUCAGGAGAUGAAAGUUGGUGGUUGUUCAAAUACCAUGCGUUUGGACCAAACCGAGAAGAAAUGGGAGAACUCGUAUCAAUUGGCAAAGAGAUAGUGAGAAAAUGCGUUGGUUCGCCGCUUGCAAUCAAAACAUUGGGAAGCCUACUACGUGAUGAAAGUGAAGUAAAACAGUGGCAGAAUGUAAAGGAAAGUGAGAUUUGGGAUAUACGGGAGGAAAGUAGUUCUGCGACAGGUGAGGAAAAUUCUAUCAUGCGUGCUUUGAAAUUAAGCUAUUUUAAUUUGGAGUUGUCAUUGCGGAGAUGCUUUUCGUUUUGUGCAAUUUUCCCCAAAGAUUUUGAAAUAGACAAGGAAGAAUUGAUUCAUCUCUGGAUGGCUAAUGGAUUUAUUGAAAGUAAAAGAAACAUAGAAGUGGAGGAUGUUGGAAAUAAAGUGUGGAAUAAAUUAUACCGUAGAUCAUUUUUUCAGGAAGCAAAGCGUGAUGAAUUUGGUAUAAUAACAACUUUCAAGAUGCAUGAUCUAUUACAUGAUCUUGCCCAGUCUAUUAUGGGUGAAGAAUGUGCGGCUUUUGUGGAAGGAAGGUUGACUCCGUUUUCAAGUAGAGUUCACUAUUCAACCUUGUUAUCUUCUGAUGUUUCUUCUAAUGUUUCUUUUCGACAAUUCAUGCAUGCUUUCAAGAAAGUUCAAUCCCUGCGGACUUUUCUUGAUUUGGGGCCUUCUUUUCGUGUUAGUGAUUCUGACCUGGUGCCAUCAAACCAUUCUCUCCGAGCAUUAUGCACUCAAUUUUCUUGGUUGUCCCCACUCAAGAAUUUAACACAUUUGAGAUAUUUGAGUUUGAUUCAUUUUCAAGGAAGCUUAAAUAACUCAAUUUGUCAAAUGCGGAAAUUGCAAAUUCUGAAGUUGCAAAGGUGCAGAUAUCUUUGUGGACUGCCCAAAAACUUGACACAAUUACAAGAUCUAAGACAUAUUGUGAUGAAUGAUUGUAGAGAAGUAGAAAAGUCGCUUCCCAAAAUUAGCAAGUUAAGGCAUCUAAGAACACUAAGCAUUUUCGUGGUGGGUUCAAAGCCAGGGUGUGGCUUAGCAGAGUUGCAUAGCUUAAAUCUGGGAGGCACGCUAAGAAUCAGAGGCCUUGAGAACGUCCUCAAUGAAUUGGAUGCUAAAGAAGCAAAUUUGAUUGGUAAGAAGGAGUUGAAUAUCCUGGAGUUGUCAUGGGAUGGUAAUGCUAAUCCAAAAGGUAGUAAUGUUAGUGUGGAGAGAGUAUUGGAAGCCCUAGAACCUCCCUCAACUCUCAAGAGUUUUGAAAUAAAUGGAUAUCAGGGAAGGCAGUUAUCGAGUUGGAUGAGAAAUAGUGGAGUUUUGAGAGACUUGGUGGAUGUUAGACUCUCCGACUGUGAGAACUGUGAAGAGCUUCCCCCACUUGGUAAACUAGCACACUUGAAAAGGCUAAAGGUGAGUGGAAUGAAAAAUGUGAAGUGGAUAGAUGGUGAGACGUAUGACGGCGUGGAAGAGAAGGCAUUUCCAUCGUUGGAUGAAUUGAGUGUGUAUAAUUUACCAAAUUUGGAGAGGUUGUUGAGUGAUGAAGGAGUAGAGAUGCUUCCUCGUCUUUCCCAAUUAAGAAUUAAUGGUGUGUUGAACUUUAAAGUCCCACGUCUUCCUUGUGUUGAGACACUUGAUGCUAGAGGAAUUGAGGAUGUGACUUCUUUCAUGGAAGGGGUUGGGGAGAAUAUGGCUUGUCUAAAGACCUUAAGGAUUAUAAACAUUAAAGGAGUGGUGGUAUUACCUGACGAAUUCAGCAGAUUGGGUGCACUGCAGGAACUAUACAUUGAAGAAUGGUAUGAUGUGGAGUAUUUUCCAGAACACGUGCUGGAAGGCCUAACUUCUCUUCGAAUUUUGACCAUUGAAAACUGUAAGAAAUUGAAAUCCUUGUCUGAAGGUGUGCGACAUUUGGCUUGUCUUCAUGGUUUGAGGAUCAGUAAAUGUCCAGAGCUGGUGGCUCUACCAAGCAAUAUGAGUCAACUAUCUGCCCUGCGGGAGGUUUCAAUCGAGAGCUGCUCUACAUUACCAGAUGGUUUACAACGUGUCCCCUCCCUACGAGUUUUACAUAUAGAGGAAUGCACGUGUACUUCAUUGCCGGACUGGCUGGGAGACAUUACUACUCUUGAAACAUUAGGCCUUUUUUACUGUGAGGAGUUGAGGUCACUGCCGAGUAGCAUUCAACGCCUCACCAACUUGUCUCAUUUAAUAAUAGAGUACAGUCCUUAUCUGAAGAAGCGAUGUAAUAAGGAAACAGGAGAGGAUUGGCAAUACAUAAGCCACAUUCCAAAAUUAGAACUAUUUUUCACGAGGAGACUGACGUUUUGUGGAUUUUAAUGAAGUUCUUUUUGUUGCUGAUCUGGAUUGCAUGUGGGAUGCUAUGAAUAAGCUUAGCAGUGAUUCAAAUAGAUCAAUCCUCAAGUAUGCAUCAUUCUUAUAAUUUUUCUAUGUUUUUGUUCUCUAUGUAGUCAUUGGUGGUACCUU